AUGGGGGAGGACGCCGCCGCCGCGGCGCUCCGGGCCGGCGGCAGGGGGCUCUCGGACCCUUGGGCGGACUCGGUGGGCGUGCGACCCCGCACCACGGAGCGCCACAUCACGGUGCACAAACGGCUCGUGCUGGCCUUCGCCGUGUCCCUCGUGGCGCUGCUCGCGGUCACCAUGCUCGCCGUGCUGCUCAGCUUGCGAUUCGACGAGUGCGGCGCGAGCGCAGCGCCCGGCGCCGACGGCGGCCCCGCGGGCUUCCCCGCGCGCGACGGCAACGCCAGCGGCCCGGGAGCGGCCCGGCGCGACCACCCCGCGGGCGAGGGCGGCGAGGCCACGCCGGCCACCCCGUCCGCCCAGCCGCCAUCGGAAGAGGAGCGGGAGCCCUGGCGACCCUGGACCCAGUUGCGCUUGUCGGGCCACCUCAAGCCGCUGCACUACAAUCUGAUGCUCACCGCCUUCAUGGAGAACUUCACUUUCGCCGGGGAGGUGAACGUGGAGAUAGCGUGCCGGAACGCCACCCGCUACGUCGUGCUGCACGCCUCCCGGGUGGCCGUCGAGAAGGUGCAGGUGGCCGAGGACCGCGUGGCCGGGGCCGUCCCCGUGGCCGGCUUUUUCCUCUACCCGCAGACGCAGGUCUUGGUGGUGGUGCUGAAUCGGACCUUGGACGCCCACAGGAAUUACAACGUGAAGAUCGUCUACAACGCCCUGAUUGAAAACGAGCUCCUAGGCUUCUUCCGCAGCUCCUAUGUGCUCCACGGGGAGAGAAGAUUCCUCGGUGUGACUCAGUUUUCACCCACACAUGCCAGAAAGGCAUUUCCGUGUUUUGAUGAACCAAUCUACAAGGCUACUUUCAAAAUCAGCAUCAAGCACCAAGCAACCUAUUUAUCUUUAUCGAAUAUGCCAGUGGAAACCUCCGUGUUUGAGGAAGAUGGAUGGGUAACGGAUCAUUUUUCACAGACCCCUCUAAUGUCCACGUAUUAUUUAGCCUGGGCAAUUUGCAACUUUACAUACCGAGAAACUACCACCAAGAGUGGGGUCGUUGUGCGAUUAUAUGCAAGACCCGAUGCCAUCAGAAGAGGGUCCGGGGACUAUGCUCUCCAUAUAACCAAGAGAUUAAUCGAAUUUUAUGAAGACUACUUUAAAGUGCCCUAUUCUUUGCCAAAACUCGAUCUUUUAGCUGUGCCCAAGCAUCCGUAUGCUGCUAUGGAGAACUGGGGACUAAGUAUUUUUGUGGAACAAAGAAUACUACUGGAUCCCAGUAUGUCAUCUAUUUCUUAUUUGCUGGAUGUCACCAUGGUCAUUGUUCAUGAGAUAUGUCACCAGUGGUUUGGGGACCUUGUGACCCCGGUUUGGUGGGAGGAUGUGUGGCUGAAGGAAGGCUUUGCUCACUAUUUUGAAUUCGUUGGCACAGACUAUCUCUACCCUGGCUGGAACAUGGAAAAGCAGAGGUUCCUGACAGAUGUUCUGCAUGAAGUGAUGCUGCUUGAUGGCUUGGCCAGUUCCCAUCCAGUAUCACAGGAAGUGCUACAGGCAACAGAUAUUGACAAGGUGUUUGACUGGAUCGCAUAUAAAAAGGGUGCUGCUUUAAUUAGAAUGCUGGCUAAUUUUAUGGGCCAUUCAGUAUUUCAAAGGGGUUUGCAAGAUUAUUUAACCAUUCAUAAGUAUGGCAACGCGGCCAGAAAUGAUCUCUGGAGCACAUUGUCUGAGAAUAUGAAUACAUCAUAUAGUAUAUGGUGGCACAGCAAGCUAAGAGUUCGGGCUGCAAGAAGUGGCUCAAACGAACCAGCUGUUCCAUCAGAGAGAGAGCACCACAGGAUCACUUCUUUGGGCAAAGGAAGCUGGUUGUUGGGGAACAUCAAUCAAACUGGAUACUUUAGGGUCAACUAUGACCUAAGGAAUUGGAGAUUAUUAAUUGAACAGUUAAUAAGGAACCAUGAGGUGCUCUCAGUCAGUAACCGAGCAGGUUUGAUCGACGAUGCCUUCAGCCUAGCCAGAGCCGGCUACUUGCCUCAGAAUAUCCCCCUGGAGAUGAUCAGAUACCUAGCCGAGGAGAAGGAUUUUCUUCCUUGGCAUGCUGCCAGCCGAGCUCUUUAUCCUCUAGAUAAAUUGCUGGACCGCAUGGAGAACUAUAACGUCUUCAAUGAAUAUAUUUUAAAGCAAGUUGCAACAACAUAUAUCAAACUUGGAUGGCCAAAAAACAAUUUUAAUGGAUCCCUUGUUCAAGCAUCUUACCAACAUGAAGAACUACGCAGAGAGGUUAUCAUGCUGGCCUGCAGUUUUGGUAACAAGCACUGUCACCAACAGGCAUCAACACUUAUAUCAGAUUGGAUUUCUAGCAACAGGAACAGAAUUCCUUUAAAUGUUCGAGACAUCGUCUACUGUACAGGAGUUUCUUUAUUGGAUGAAGAUGUCUGGGAAUUCAUCUGGAUGAAAUUCCACUCUACCACAGCAGUUUCUGAGAAGAAAAUACUGUUGGAAGCUUUAACUUGUAGUGAUGACAGGAAUUUAUUAAAUAGGCUUCUGAAUCUGUCCUUGAAUUCUGACGUUGUCCUGGAUCAAGAUGCAAUAGAUGUCAUAAUUCAUGUUGCUAGAAAUCCACAUGGCCGAGACCUUGCCUGGAAAUUUUUUAGAGAUAAAUGGAAGAUACUAAAUACCAGGUAUGGAGAAGCAUUAUUUAUGAAUUCCAAGCUCAUUAGUGGAGUUACAGAAUAUCUUAAUACUGAAGGAGAACUCAAAGAGCUGAAGAAUUUCAUGAAGAACUACGACGGGGAAGCCGCUGCUUCUUUCGCACGAGCCGUGGAAACUGUUGAAACCAAUGUGCGCUGGAAAACGCUGUACCAAGACGAGCUUUUCCAGUGGCUGGGAAAAGCCCUGCGACACUGAGAUGUGUCUCUUACACCACUCAACUGGGACGUUACCAGAAGACCUACAUGAUGUGAAACGAGGACUUCGUGCCCUGGGAAAAAUGGCCAGAGUUUCAAAGUGUUAAUGUGUGGGAGGACAUUUUUGUUGUUACUGUCAUUCUGUUUUGUUUUUGUUUGGGGGAAUAUUUUUGUUUCUUUCAUUCUAUAUAUUUUUUCCUAUUGGGCAUUCUCCUCUAAAGACUUUUUUGCAAGUGAGACUAGCCAUGAUUCCUUCAGCUGUACAUUCCUGGCUGUACAGGACCAAAUACAAAUAAUGAUGCAUGUUAAUGUCACCGUCAGUUUGGAAAACAUAUUCAGAAUAGUUUGUGCAUGGUUGUAAGGUCCUGCCUGUGUUCUAGCAUGAUUAGUUAACAUGUCCAAUGUUGUAUGUGAAUAUAUGUUACAUCUAGAAUGGGCAUUAUGCAAAAGCACAAAGAUUAUCUAUGACAAUCAGUGUUGCAGGGAAGGAAGUUUAAAGUGGGAAGUAUAAAGGGAGUUGUAUUCUUAAUUAUAAAUGCAAAUAACAUUUUGGGGUGUCAGUGUCACGGAUCUCAGCACUUGGAUUGUCAGACAAUGAUAACUCAUUUUCUUUGAGUUAAAGCUGUGUAUACAUUAAAAAAGGCAUACAAAUAAUGUAUGCGUAUGUAUAUGUACAUAGGGAACCCCCCCAAUGUAUAUAGUAUGUUGUACACUUCACAUGUGCAAAAGAAUUACUUCUGAUCAAAGAAUAUUUAUCCUUUUUUAUAAAGAUAUGCAGACUUUGAAAAGGUUUAAAGUCAUUUAUCUCAGCACCAUCUUUCCUGAAAAUGUUCUCAUUAAUUUCUCAAUUAUUAAGGGUUUUGUCUACUUCCUGGACAAUAGGUAUACGCUACUACAUGGAGAUAAGUUCCAACAAAUUUUAUGUAUAAACUAACUACUCUUCGGCUUCUCCUAAAUAGGUGCAGCCUUGAAUCUGAGAUAUGAAAUCUGUCAUCAUUUGGGUCCAAAUGUCUGUCGUGUAAAAGAAUGCUGUGAAGUUAUAUUUGCAAUGCUCAGAAAGUGUUUAUUUUCCAGCAUGUUUGUUUUCUCCUCUCACGUUCCAGGGCCCGGAGCGUGAAAACUGCUCCUCUGUCUCGGCCCUUGUGCCGGUGUUCCCUCGGCUCUCCAUCAAGCCGCUGCACCUGAAGGGAGCCCAGUGGUGGUCUUGACCUUUACGCUAGCUGUGCCCACUGGUGUUGACACGAGAAGUGACUUCCUUUGUGUUGUUGUGUAAGCUUCUCUUGGGUUGACAAGUGUGUUCUACCGCGGGGUUUUGAGUAGGCCUUGUCAUGGCUGUGUUAUAAGUAGCACAAAUAUUUCCAAAAUGGUAUUCUCACCCAGUAGGCCAACUCUCUAAAUGUUCCUUAAAUGUUCUAAAAUGGGUAUAUUUGAAAUAUUGGAUUAUAAAAUAUCAAUACAUAACUACUGUACAUGUCAUAAGUCUAUAAUUGCCUGUCUCCUUGCACUUCUGUACUUUUAUGAAUCAAUGAAACAAAUAUACUCAAAUUAAUAAUUACUGGAUACUGGAAACAAUAAUUUUGACAUCUCCAAUUUAUUUAAAUUUGCAGAAAAGAGAAGGAAUUCGUUAGUCCAAAUCACAUGUAUUACCUAAAAUUGAAUCUUAUCCAUUCUACCUGUUACUCAGAAUUGAAAUUUUCUGUAUUUCAUUUUUUCUAACCACAUGAAAUCAAAUAUUCUUAGAUGUGUCAACAAGGCAUGACAAUUUGUACUAUGAAAUUUAAAAAUCACUUCAUUAUCAAAAGUGAUGUUUCCUUUACUAUAUAUCAUUUUAUAAACUCUUUAUACUAUAACUUCUGAACUACAACAAUAAGAAAUAUUAGAUUGCCAUCUAGGUUCCAAAUAUGUUCUAUGUCACCCUUGGAUCCAUGCAACAGAGAAGAUGAAAACUUAAAAGGGGGUGUCUUAUUCUGGCUGGUUUACUAAAAAAAAAAAAAUCACCUUUGUGUUUGUGGGGUUUUUUUUUUUAAUUAAAUUCACCAUUUCUAGUUUUGAGUUAGAAGGAACUUUAAACCUCUCUUUCCUCCCCAUUGUUAAUAACCCUAACUCAUUUUCAUUAUUUUAGUGGCUGUGAACAACAGGUUUCAGCUAUACUUUCAAACCCUAUGCGUACUAUAUGUGCAAUGUUCAAUACCUCAGAUAAACUUAACCUACAGAAAGGUGGUAUAAUGACACUGAGAUGGCAUUCUUUAUGCAUUUUUCCAAUAAUUUAUCCUUUCAACUGUUGAUAAUUACACCAGAAUUUAAAGUUUUUUAGUUAUAUAAAUAAGUAAUAUUUUCAAAAUAAUAAAAUGACCAAUGAUAUUUCUUGGUAUAAAAAUCUGUUUUCUACAGAGACGUUUUAUCUUCUUCUGUUUUUUGUUUGUUUGUUUUGCUUUUCCAAACAUAAUAUGCAUGAAAUCACCAUUUGUUUCAAAGUGUUCAAUCUGUAGGCUGAAAUUUUUUAUUGUCUUAAUAUGUUUGUUCAUAUAACAACAAAACUUGGUUUCAAUUGGAAAGGAUUAAAUUAGCUACCACACUGAGUGGAAAACUUAUCUAGCCACCUUGUAAAUAAAAUGUUUUAGUUUUUAUUUCCAA